AUGUGUGAAUCAUAUUCCCAUCCAUUAGAGGUAUCCACAGAAACAGCCAAUGAUCCGGCAUGUUCCUAUUGCGGAAUCCACAACCAUUCUACCUUAGUCAAGUGUGACAUUUGCCAAAAAUGGUUUUGCAAUGGCAAGUUUGGCAACAAGGGGUCACAUAUCAUCACCCAUCUAGUGCUCUCCAAACACAACCGUAUAUCGCUGCAUCCAGACGCAGAACUUGGAGACUCCACUUUAGAGUGCUACAACUGUGGGUCGAAGAAUAUCUUUGUCUUGGGGUUUGUCUCCGCCAAGCAAGAAAACGUGGUUGUCAUUCUCUGUAGACUCCCCUGUGCACAGCAGAAGGACUCAAACUGGGACACACAGCAAUGGCAGUCUUUAAUUGAGGACAGACAGUUGCUCUCGUGGAUUGCCCACUAUCCAAACGACGAAGAUCUCAUCAAUGCCCAGAAUAUCAACUACGAUCAGAUUGUCAAGUUAGAGAUGAAAUGGAGGCUUAAUAAAGACGCAACAUUGGACGAUCUCGUGGAAACAGAGCAGGAGGUGGAAAUCCCACCAAUAUUGAUGAGAUACACAGAUGCAUACCAAUAUCAACGCUCUUUUGCUCCCCUAGUGAAAAUCGAGGCCGAUUAUGAUAAGGCCCUCAAAGAAAGUAAGGGGUUGAACUAUAUCUCGGUCUAUUGGUCAUUGUCUCUCAACAACAGACAACUGGCGUCCUUCUACUUCUCAACAGUCGAUUCUCUAGAUUUGAAAAUUGCAGUUGGUGAUGAAAUGGUCUUGAGGUACGAAGGCCCUGAGUUAGAUGCACCCUGGGAAGGACGUGGUUACAUUGUCCGUCUACCAGACGCAAGACAGGAGGAAUACACCUUGGAGAUGAUUCCAUCAAAUACCCCUGUCCCAACCCAUGUCACCAACAGAUUCACCGCGGAGUUUGUGUGGAAGGGCAUUUCCUAUGAGAGAAUGCAGGAUGCCCUCAAGACUUUUGCAAUAGAUCCCAAGGCAAUGUCGAACCAUUUGUACAUGAAAUUGUUGGGUAUUCCAAAUGCAUCGUCAUCUUCGAGCAAUGAUGCAUAUAUUAGAAACGAAAGCGGAGAGGCUCAUACAAAUGAUAUUGACAGGGAGGAUGAAAAUGGAACUGCAACUGCAACUGCAACUUCACCUUCAACUCUACCUGUAACCGGAAUCAAUGAUGAUGAGAAAAUUAACGUUGUUAUUCCGAAGAAGUUGUCUAUACCAAACAUGCCCAACUUGAAUCCAUCACAAAUAUGUGCCGUUGAAAAUGCCCUAACUUCUCCGUUGACUUUGAUCCAAGGUCCCCCAGGUACAGGUAAAACUGUGACAUCGGCAACAAUAGUAUACCAUCUAUCAAAAAUGCACAAAAAGGAAAAAAUCUUGGUUUGUGCGCCUUCCAAUGUUGCUGUUGACCAUUUAACCGAGAAGCUAACUUCAAUGGGACUCAAUGUUGUUAGAAUUACUGCAAAGAGUAGAGAAGAUGUAGAUUCCUCGGUUUCUAAGUACUGUUUACAUGAACUAGUGAAGAAACGGGCAAAAGGCGAGUUCAAAAAGUUGAUCAAAUUAAGAGAAGAGGGUAACGAGCUAUCAAAUGAGGAUAACCAAAAAUACUUUUCAAAUCUAAGAAGAUCCGAAAAUAAUAUAAUCAGUAACUGCGAUGUCAUUUGCUGUACUUGUGUGGGUGCAAAGGAUAAACGUCUUGAUAGAAUCAAAUUUAAAACCGUUUUAAUUGACGAAUCAACACAAGCUUCAGAACCAGAAUCCUUGAUUCCUAUAGUUAAAGGUUGUCGACAAUUGAUUCUAGUUGGUGAUCACCAACAAUUGGGGCCCGUCAUUGUCAACAAGAAGGCAAGUGAGGCAGGUUUGAAACAGUCGCUAUUUGAGAGAAUGAUUGUUUUGGGGCAUACACCAAUUAGAUUAGAAGUCCAAUAUAGAAUGCAUCCUGCGUUGAGUGAAUUCCCAAGUAACAUGUUUUAUGAUGGUUCGCUUCAAAACGGUAUUACCAAUGAAGACAGAACUAUCUUAAAUUCGAAUUUCCCUUGGCCAAUCAAUGACAUACCUAUGAUGUUUUGGGCAAUAUAUGGACGUGAGGAGAUAUCCGUUGGUGGUACUUCCUACCUCAAUAGAGUGGAAGCAAUGAAUGUUGAAAGAAUCAUCACUAGGUUAUUCAAAGAUGGUGUAAAACCAUCGCAAAUCGGUGUCAUUACUCCUUAUGAAGGCCAAAGAAAUUAUAUUUUACAAUAUAUGCAAAUGAAUUCCACUUUGGCUAAGAAGGAAUUAUAUUCAGAAAUCGAAGUCGUGUCAGUCGAUGCAUUUCAGGGUCGGGAGAAGGAUUACAUCAUUCUCUCGUGUGUCCGUGCUAAUUCACAACAACUUAUCGGGUUUUUGAGAGACCCACGUCGUUUGAAUGUCGCAUUAACUAGGGCCAAAUAUGGUAUGAUGAUAUUGGGUAACCCCAAAGCUCUAAACAAGGAUAAACUAUGGAACCAUUUAUUAACCUUCUACAGAAGUAAAGGUUGCCUAGUUGAAGGUCAAAUUGAUAAUCUACAACUAUCGUCUGUCCAACUAUCAAGAUUCACUGAACCUUCGAUGAGAAAACCUCCGGUGCAUGGUUCCACCCAGAUGAGCAACUUCGAUACUGCUUCUCUUGUAUCCUACGAAGGCUCGAUGUUUGGUAAUCCAGGAAAAGCUGCCUUUGAAAAUGAUAGUGUUUGGCCAAGCUUGAAUUGUUCGAAUAGACACGGUAAUUCAGAUGAUAACGAAACCGUUGUAUCGUACAAUGAGCAAUUUCAGGAUGAAAGUGGCCAUGAGAGCGAUGAGCUUGCCAAUAACAUCAAAUGUUUAACCGAGAAAUUUGGUGGUGAUUUGACCUUUUAA